CCGGGGCGGCUAAAGCGACGUGUCCUUGUCCCCCGUGGGCAGCACUGGCGCGUGCGGCCGCGGAUCCCCAGCUCCAAGGGCCUCCCCUCAGAGCCGCCACCCCCCUGGGACAACCAAUCUGGAGCCAUGAAGACCAAAAACCGGCCCUCUAGGCGCCGGGUGCCUCCGCAGAACACAGAGGCCACCCCAGGGGAGCCGACCUCGGACAGGCCCCAGCCAGGCUCCGGGCCCCAGCUGGCUAAGGGUCUGCGGAGCAGGACAGCGCGGGCGCAGGGCGCGCGGGUGGAAAGCGGGCGCAAGCGGUUGGGGCCGGCGGGGCCCAGUGGCCGACGCGAGAGCAGCAUCCAGCGGCGGCUGGAGAGCAACGAGCGAGAGCGGCAGCGAAUGCACACGUUGAACAACGCCUUCCAGGCGCUGCGCGAGGUCAUCCCGCACGUGCGCGCCGACAAGAAGCUCUCCAAGAUCGAGACCCUCACGCUGGCCAAGAACUACAUCAAGUCGCUGACAGCCACCAUCCUGACCAUGUCCAGCGGUCGCCUCCCGGGACUGGACGGCCCGGGCCCCAAGCUCUACCAGCACUAUCAGCAGCAGCAGUCAACCGGGGGCGCACUCGGUGUUACCGAGGCCCAGCCCGAGGGCCACCUGCAGAAGUACUCCACGCAGAUUCACAGCUUCCGAGAGGGCUCCUAGCGCCCAGGCCCUGGUCCCACCAAAAGCCCCCGACUGGUGGUGACACCCCACGUGGACCUGGCCCCAGCAGCUCCAUUUUCACAGAACACUCAGCUGCCUUUUUGGAGCAUGUCCUGGCCCCCAGGGGACAAGACCCGGUCAAGGCCAUGGCCUUGGGUGGCAUGAAGCCCAAACCUCCGUGUAGGUCCCAGCACCUGCGUUUAAACUGACCAGGCAGGAAUUGACAGGCUUUCUGACUGAAUUCUCUUCACUCCAAUCUCCCUCCUGAGGCAAGGGAGAUUCCAGGAAAAGAUUUACUUGGUAAGUUUCCCCACUUAGUGCUGAGGCCCAGGCCCAGGAAGGGACCUCCUCCAACCUGCAUGAGAGCCUCCUCCUUCGGGUAAACUGAGGCACAGCCCCUUGGGGAGUGUGGCUGAGCCCAGAUGGUUGAAGCGUCUAGUUCCGAAUCUCUCUGUCAGCUGGAAACCCUAGUCAGAUUACCUCAAAUUAAUUCUAAAGAGACUGUGGUGGGAAGAGGGGCUAGGAUCUGUUCCUCCCUCCUCCCGUGUGGCGGCUCCUGACCACAGAGGGUCUGAGCAGGGUCGGAGGGUCUGUGACCUGGUGCUGAGGCGGCUGGAGACAGGACUGGGCCUGUGGGGGGAGAGAAGCCGGUAGGUCCUGGGUCCCCUGCCUGCCCGUCCCUGGUCUCCGGGGGGAGGGGCCCACCAGGUUUGCUGCCCAUUGUUGUAUUUGUCGCUGACGGGGGUGGUCUGACAGGACUUUAAGGUGCUGUUGGGUCCCGGUUGCGGGGCCUGCAGGGCUCUCUGCAUGGGGGAGUCUGGGGUGGCCAGCGCUCCCCUCCCCCACCUGGUGCCUCUCCACAGAGGCAGGACUGGGCAGCCUCGCAGGUUCCUACAGCCUCGGGCCAAGCUUCCUUCUGUGGUGUUCCUGUCCCACUGGCUCUGACAGGCUUGGCGACUUUGCUCUUAACCGGCUGGCAUCUCCCCUCCCUUGUCCAUCUGCCCACAGCCAACAUGGGGAGGGCACAGAGCCCUUGGCAGCCUCAGGCAGGAACCGCAGUGACAGGGGUCAUGGUGAAGGUAGAGUUGGCUUGGCACGUGGGGCCUGGUCCCCUGUGCCCAGAGCUGUCCCAGAGGUCCUCCUGGGCACUGCGGACAAGGGCCUAGUUGGGCCGGGAGUGGGGCUGGUCCUGCCAGGGGCCUGCCCCUGAUGCUCUGCCUCCCUGUCCCAGCCCUGGUAGCCCCAGCCCCAGCCACUUAAUGCAUUUCUGGGCCGGGUGUCAGCUCUGGCCGUAGAAAGGGCAGUAGGUGGCACCCCGCGGAACAGUCAUUAGCCACUUCAGUCCUAGCAUGCCUGGUCAGAUGCUCGCCGGGCCCUCCAUAGGCCCCAGUGCAGGCCUUCUGAAAGGUGGCCCCGGGAGGCCUGGUCUGGUCCGGGCCCCAACCAUCCCAGCCAUCAUUCGCCAUGGGGCAUGUGGGGACUCCAGGUGCUCCCGGCCUGUCCCUCAGGCCUGGCCACUCUGGAAGGUCAGUGGUCAGGGCAACCCACCAGUGGGAGCCGAGGUGGAGGGCAACUCCAAGCUUGGGACAGGUGGGGUCCAUGCGACCCCUGCUGCAGGUGGCUGUCCGGCCAACGGAAACACAAGAGGGGGCCUGCAAACCCGGUGGCUCCAGCUUUGGCCAGAGCAGCGCCCAGUGCAUCCCUGAACUUGCCGAGGGAACCAACAGACUGAGCUGGAAGCACAGACUCUGUCCAGGAGACCAGGCCUGAUAACUGGGGGCGAUGCGAGGACCUGUGGGUUACCACCUUGCAGGACGACAGCUGUCGGACCUCUUUUUCUGUCUCAGACCCACACCUGUACCCCCUCUGCUUCCCAGAGGGUGACCCGGGCUCAGAUAGCCAGUCCUUCAUCCGAGGCUGGUGGGCAUCUGCUUGCCCCGUGGCCACAUCACGAAGGAUCCUUAAAGAUCUCAGUCCUGUGUCAGGGGGUUAAAUAUGGUGGAGGAGGGGAAGGGAGGGGAGGGGAGGGGAGAACAGGUCUCGUGACAGAGGCUGGUGAGGCCUGCUGCCAGGUCUGCUCCCUCGACCCUCAUCUUGGACCCCAAGCCCAUCUGGACUCUUCUGUCCUGUGAGGAGUCCUAAAGUCAGAGACCCACAAUGCAUCCUGAGCCCUGAGUGAGCCGCAAGGUGGCGGUCCAUAUCAGUCUCCAUCGGGCCAGCAGAGAAACCGGAACUGCGGCUUCUCUGUCUGGGAAAACCUCCGUGGGACUGAAACAGCCAGCGAGUGCCUCAGCUGUAAUUGUGGUGAAAAUGUUUUUUAAAUGACCCAAAUUUGAUUUUAUUUUUCCUAAUGAUCCCUUAAAAGUACUCAUGAAACCAAUGCUGUGUCACAAAAGGAAAAUAAAAGAUUUCACAAUUGCUA